UGCUGUAGUCUGAGUGCAGAGGGCGCGUGCGGAGCAGGUAGGCGUCACCACGUCGGACUUCCUGUAGAGAGGACACGUGGUUCCUGUCUGCCCGCCUUGAACAGGUUCCGGUCCUCUCCUCCUAUCCUCCCUAUCUCCUCUCCUCAUCUCCUCCCCUCUCCUCUCCUCACCGCUGCUAGCUAGCCUAGCCUAGCAUCAUCUCGACGCCCCCCCUCCUCCACUCCGCCGUCUCGUCUGGAGUGUGUGUGCUCGGCGUGUGUUGCAGUGUGUGCUCGUUGUGUUGCAGUGUGCGUGUGUGUGCAGUAGUGUGUGUCUGAAGUGUGUCCGUGUUGCAGUGUGUGUGUGCAGUGUGCUCGGUGUGUGUAGCUCCGUCUUUCCUCGGUCAUGACGCUGGAGGCGAUCCGCUACCGGUCCGGGUCUCUGCAGAUCCUGGACCAGCUGCUCCUCCCGCACCAGACCGUCUACACCGAGAUCCGCUCCGUGGACGACGCGUACCGGGCCAUCAAGGCGAUGAAGGUGCGGGGGGCCCCAGCCAUCGCCAUCGUGGGCUGCCUCAGCCUGGCGGUGGAGCUGCGGGCGGGCGCCGGCGGCGACGACCCCGUGACCUUCAUCAGAGAGUCUCUGUGUCACCUGACCUCGGCCCGGCCCACCGCCGUCAACAUGGGGAGGGCUGCCCGCGAGCUGAUGGAGCACGCAGAGAACGAGAGCAUGGAGAAGAACUCUGAGCAGCUCAGAGAGAGUGUGAUCACCUGGAUCGAGGAGAUGCUAGAGCGCGAUGUCAACGACAACAAGAAGAUCGGUAACUAUGGCGCCCAGCACAUCCUGUCGGGGGUCCCGAGAGACUCGGUCACCAUCCUGACGCACUGCAACACGGGCUCCCUCGCCACGGCGGGAUACGGCACGGCUCUGGGCGUGGUGCGCAGCCUCCACGCCCUGGGCCGUCUGAAGCGGCUGUACUGCACGGAGACGCGGCCGUACAACCAGGGCGCCCGUCUGACGGCGUACGAGGCAGUGGCCGAGGGGCUGCCCGCAACGCUCAUCACCGACAGCAUGGCCGCCCUGACCAUGAGGGAGAGGGGCAUCACAGCCGUGGUGGUGGGGGCCGACCGGGUGGUUGCCAACGGCGACACGGCCAACAAGGUGGGCACGUACCAGCUGGCCAUCACCGCUAAGCAUCAUGGGAUCCCCUUCUACGUGGCGGCGCCCAGCACGUCAUGUGACCUGAGCCUGGAGAGCGGGCGCGACGUGGUGAUCGAGGUGCGCCCCCCGGAGGAGAUGACCAGCAUCAACGGGGUGGCCAUCGCCGCACCAGGUAUCGAUGUGUGGAACCCCUCGUUUGACGUCACUCCCCACCAGCUCAUCACCGGAGGCAUCAUCACGGAGCUGGGCGUGUUCCUCCCCUCCGAGCUGCAGGCUGCGCUCACCGGCCGCCUCACCGCGCUCUAGAGCCACCACCGCCCCCUGCUGGCCGACAACUGCAACUGCCACUGAAAUGAAUCGUCCCAACUUUAACAGACACUUUGUCGUCGUACACACACACACUCACACACACUCACACUCACACACCGCUAUGGUUGGGCUGAGAUAUAAUUCAUUACACUGGUUUAGAAGAAAACUAAAAAAUAACAAAAAAACGUACUGUGUCAUGUCCAUGCACAAAGUUUUCUUACACGCAUCAAUCACACACCACACACCACACACACACACGCUGCAGGGAUUUCAGCAGACACACAAGUCCUUCAUUAAAUUUGUGUUCCUUUUUUCGGCCUGAUUUGUUCUCAUCUCUCUGUUGAUGUCGUCUCUUGUCCCGUCGGUCUGUGGACUCCAGGGCUCCAUCACCCAUCUGUCAGCGUCAGCCUCCUCACACCCACCUGCUCUCGGGACGGAGGAGUUCAGCCCAGAUUGGGAUCAGACCCGCCGGCUAAUUGCUGCCACCGACCUGUACAUAUAGAAGCUCCUUAGUCUGAAUAUAGUGCACACAAACUAAGACGCUGUGUUUAAAGGUAGCAGUCAGUCCGACCACAUAUCUGGUCGGAUCUAAAUUCACCCCAAACCGCAGAAUGUUAUAUUAACAUUGAAUUUUUGUUUUUCUCUAUGUAGAAACUUUUUGAAUUAUAAUCCGAGCUAAUUUACGGGCCAUAUUCCCUUUUAAUAGAUAAAUUGUGUAAUGUGAUGAUUAUAAUUUAAAAAAAAAACAUGCACACACACAAACGCACACACAUUCUCACCACUUUAACUUUGUGAGGAACAUGUAGUGAGGCUGUGAGGAACAUGAGGAACAUGUAGUGAGGCUGUGGGGAACAUGAGGAACAUGUAGUGAGGCUGUGGGGAACAUGAGGAACAUGUAGUGAGGAACAUGAGGAACAUGUAGUGAGGCUGUGGGGAACAUGAGGAACAUGUAGUGAGGCUGUGGGGAACAUGAGGAACAUGUAGUGAGGCUGUGGGGAACAUGAGGAACAUGUAGUGAGGCUGUGGGGAACAUGAGGAACAUGUAGUGAGGCUGUGGGGAACAUGAGGAACAUGUAGUGAGGAACAUGAGGAACAUGUAGUGAGGCUGUGGGGAACAUGAGGAACAUGUAGUGAGGCUGUGGGGAACAUGAGGAACAUGUAGUGAGGAACAUGAGGAACAUGUAGUGAGGCUGUGGGGAACAUGAGGAACAUGUAGUGAGGCUGUGGGGAACAUGAGGAACAUGUAGUGAGGCUGUGGGGAACAUGAGGACAUGUAGUGAGGAGGAGCAGCUCCUUAGAGCUCCUCCUCACUAAAAUGUUGUCAGCUCGUGUAUUUCUGUUUCUACCGGUUCAACUGUUGUAAUUAGUCUGAUCUUUGUAAAUUAGUUGCAAUGUUUUAUCAUUGUUUCUAUUCAUCUCUUUUAUUUAAUAAGGCAGUCAUGGAGCUCACCCUGGCGGGUUAUUUCUUUGGAGCUUCAUUUGGCGCAGGUUUGACUCUAGGCUUGCUCUUCAUCUUUAAAGGCUCAUUGUAGUGGGAGCCUGUCCUCCCCACUGGUCUGGUGCUUUAAACCAGUGGCCGUGUUUUCAUCUCUCAGAAGAGAACCUCUGUCUGGGUUCUACGUCUCCAACUGGGAUCAGAACGCGGGUCCAAAGAACGACUUCCUCUCUAAACAGAACAUGGGGAGGGAGCCAGGUCUCUGAUCCCCUCCCUGAAUGUCACCGGCCCCCUUCCCAGGGGCCCACCGGCCCCGUACUCAGGGGCCCGCUGCCACUGCCUUGCGCGCCCACGCCACCAGCAGGGUAACGCAGAUCACGGUGCUGCUGCAGUCCAUCGCUCUGGGAGCUAGCAUGCUAACACCAGGGACAUCCUGUUUUAAAGGGCGAUGAUUGUUGAAAGAAACUUACAAGAAGAAUGCCCUGUAUCGACAGGCAAUUAUGAAUUAAUGUCAAAGGCUUUCCACUGCUUCUACCGCACCAAACUUUCCCCUCGACCUUUAACCUUUGACCUCCAGUUCUGUCACUGCUGGCUCAUGUAAAUGCCACCUGCAUAUUGUGUUCUUUCUUUUUGUAUUCAGUGUUAUCCUGUGGGGGCUGGGGGGGGGGAACAUGUAGCAACUCUGUGUCCGCAGACCCUCAUUGGUCGAUGUGAAAGUGUCAAUCACGUCUUGUUUAUGAUCUGUUUAUUCUCAUUUGUGUAUUCACAAAGCGUUUAGUUCCUAGUAAUAAAGCUGUCACCAGUCA